AGGCACGAGGACCAGAGACGCUCGCGCUUCAACGAUGGUUUUAGUAGCCUAGCUAGCUUUGGUAAAAUAGCGUUCAUAUUAUUUGCAGGACGCCGGUGCCGCCUCCUUGUUCGCUUUGUCUGCUAACAGCCGCUCCUCCUCUUUCCACGACUGGGGUAGAAGAUAUCCACGAGGUUUUAGUGCUAAAUAUAUAUAUAAAAAAAGAUAGUGGAGGAAAGAACCAAGCUUAGUCGGGCGUGGUAGCAAGGAAAAAAACAUUUUUGUCCAAAAACUUAAAGUAGCAGCCACAAUGUCGCUGUCGGUACCACAGAAUGGGGUAAAGGCGGAUAACGAACCCGUUAUCGAGCUUUUUGUUAAGGCGGGAAGCGAUGGUGAGAGCAUCGGGAACUGCCCCUUUUCCCAGAGGCUCUUCAUGAUUCUGUGGCUUAAAGGAGUCGUCUUCAACGUCACCACAGUGGACCUUAAAAGGAAGCCUGCAGACCUCCAGAACCUGGCCCCUGGCACACACCCUCCCUUCAUCACGUUCAACGGCGAGGUCAAAACCGACGUCAACAAGAUCGAGGAGUUUCUCGAGGAUGUCCUUUGCCCACCCAAGUACAUCAAGCUUAGUGCAAAACACCCCGAGUCCAACACCGCCGGUAUGGACAUCUUCGCCAAGUUUUCUGCAUACAUCAAGAACUCCAAGCCAGAUGGAAAUGAGGCUCUGGAGCGUGGUUUGCUGAAGACACUACAGAAGCUGGAUGAGUAUCUCCGCUCCCCACUUCCUGAUGAAAUCGACCACAACAGCAUAGAGGACAUCAAGGUCUCCAACCGCAGGUUUUUGGACGGGGAUGAAAUGACCUUGGCCGACUGCAACCUGCUCCCCAAACUGCACAUAGUUAAGGUUGUGGCCAAGAAGUACAGAGGCUUCGACAUCCCCAAAGAGAUGACGGCCAUCUGGAAGUACCUGAACAAUGCUUACACACGUGAAGAGUUCACCAACACCUGCCCCAGUGACAAAGAGAUAGAAAUCGCUUAUGCAGAUGUGGCCAAAAGGCUGGUGAAAUAAGCUACUCGGUUCCCCUUUCCCGCCUAUCUCCAAAACCUCCAUUGCCUGUGCCUCCCUCUCCUCAGCAUCUGGACUGAUGUGCUCAGUCAUGAGAAAGAAAAUACUCUGGACUUCUUUUCCUUCUCUCAUCUAAAACUCCAGUGCUCGAACCCCCUCGUCUCCGGUUUUAUGCAGGUCUGAUUUUUUUUUUUGUUGAAUCAGCAGAGGUCACCCUUGUUCCACCUUUACCAAUAAUCAGUCUUGUUGCAGAGGAACGUGUGAGAUUUUGAUGCGAUGAAGAUGCAGCUACACACAAAUGAGAGCUUAUCAAUAUUCAGUCAAGCUCCCUGAUAAGUGACCUUCCGGUUGAUGUUCUCUCUGCACGUUGGGGGAAACGUCACAAGCUGUUGUUUUUUUUUCCGUUGAAGAUUGAAGUAGCUUUUUCUCGAAUUGCUAAGAACAUUUAAAAAACACAUCCUAUUUGAUUUCAUUGUUUUGACUCAUUAGAUGUUGUGGACAGUGUUGAAGCUUCAGUGUUUCUGCCUUCAGUAUUUGACAGGGUUAUAUAGAAGCUGAAGAGAAUCCAAACCUGAGCACCAAGAUGCUUUACUGUAAAAAGAAGUCAACAUAAUUGUAGCUGCAGGUUAAACUACCUGCGAUACGUGCUCUGAUAAAAGUAGCUGAGCUCAGUAGAAUUGUAUGAAGUUUUCUUGUACCGGCUGCAGAAGUAUAAUUAUCUCAGGCACUAUAAGAACUGAGGUUUACAAACUAUCCAACCAUAUGUAGCUUAUAGACAAGUUUAUGGCAAGCUUUUUCUUUCAUGGCAUUCGUCCAUUUAAACAAAAGUGCAACCACCUCAUGUCAGAAUAAAAGAGGAAGUGUCUUCAUUUUUAUGCUGAUUGUAGCAGAAGAAUAUAAAUCUUGAACCAAAAAGAAGUGCGUUGUUCUGUUCUCACUGUGGGCAAAGUCAACAAAAAACAUUCAGAAUGAAGGACACUAUACAGUGAAGGGUCAUUGAAGGCAACACUAAAGAUAUUUAUGACUAAACUAAUUGAGGAAUGUUGGUAAUAUCUGUUUAAAUUUCACUUUUUAAUUUGUAGACUGAUCUGAGGUAGCGAUUGUACGUGUUAGUCUCUGAAAAACUGUUUUUCCCAUUUGCCAUGUAUUUUUUUUUUCUUCAGAUUUUUGUUAUGAGACAAAUCUGACUUAAAAAAAAUGAAUUGUAAAUAUUUUUUCAUUACUCAAACUUCAGUAUGUAAAUUUAACGCAUAUUAGAAAUUACAAGAAAAAAAACCCAAUUUGUUUCUAGCCUGCUUGGUUUAGAGAUCUAUAGAAAUCAUUUCCAAUUUGCCUUACUGGUUUUCUUGCUGCAGAUGUUUAGCAGGAAGGAUUUGUUUUAGGAUCAUUUCAUGGCAACUAACGAGGCGUUUGUACAAAGAAAAUAUCCAUUUGUGGCUUUUUUUUAAAGUAAAAUUGACUGAAAUUAAAUAAACUUCUUAUU